AAUUUUUUAUUAUCACGAACUCGGCAUCCCUAAUAACCUGACGUAAUAUGUAGAAUUGUUGGCAUUUAUAUUUCAAUAAAUGUAAUAUUUAAAAAAAAUUCUUAUUAAAAUAUGAAAACGAUUGAACUGCAAAGAAUAAAAUCGAUGAGCAUUUCUCAUGAAAAGGGUCGACAAAGUCAGCAGGGAGAUUCCCAUAAUAUUACCGCAGAGAAAUUGUUCAAUCCAUCUAUUGAAUAUGACGAUUUAUUGCUGAAAUUGAAAGAGGAAUUCAACAAAGUCUGGGAUACAGCCAAAACAUCGCCCGAUAAUGGUCUUGAGGGGUUCGAUGAGUUGGCCACAUUGGGUGCAGGAUCAUUUGGUCGUGUGAUUUUGGUUAAAAAUCGUCAAACUGGUAACUAUUAUGCAGUGAAAAUAUUAAUUAAGGAUCAAAUUGUGAAGACGAAACAAGUGACCCAUGUCCACACUGAGAAGAGAGUAUUGUCAUCUAUACGAUUUCCAUUUUUAAUUCACUUGGAAUUUUCUAGCAAAGAUUUUGAUUAUCUGUAUUUGGGAUUGCCCUUCAUCAAUGGUGGUGAAUUGUUUACCUAUCAUCGCAAAGUUCGCAAGUUUAAUGAGAAACAGGCACGGUUUUAUGCAUCCCAGGUUUACAUGGGUCUAGAGUAUUUACAUGGCAUGAGUUUGUUGUAUAGAGAUCUAAAACCUGAAAAUAUUCUCAUCGAUUCCAAGGGGUAUAUAAAAAUUACAGAUUUUGGAUUUGCUAAGAAAGUAGAAACCCGUACAAUGACAUUGUGUGGAACACCCGAAUAUUUAGCUCCUGAAAUUAUUCAAUCUAAACCCUAUGGCACAAGUGUCGACUGGUGGUCCUAUGGCAUACUGCUCUAUGAAUUGGUGGCUGGAAAUUCUCCUUUUUCUCCACACAACAAAGAUGUCAUGAUGAUGUACACUAAGAUCUGUGAUGGAGAAUAUAAAAUGCCUACAUUUUUCAGUGCACCUCUGAAAGAUUUAAUUGAUAAUCUGCUGCAAGUUGACCUCUCGAAAAGAUUCGGUAAUUUGGUCAAUGGAAACAAGGAUAUAAAAAAUCAUGCCUGGUUCAAGAACGUCGACUGGUAUGGACUUUUAAAUCAAGAUUUCGCAGCACCAUUUAUACCGCGUGUGACCAAUAUGGAAGAUGUCUCCAAUUUCGAUCGAUUUCCCGAUCCAAAACCAUUGCAUCGAUCUAAAACCAAUCGUCAUGCAGAUUUAUUUGUGGAUUUUUAAAUUGUACAAAUAAAAGAUUGCAUCUGAAUAUUA